AUGCUGUCCGGGAUAUUGGUCUUCAAUCAGAAAGGGGAGAAUCUUAUAUUCCGUGCCUUCCGAAAUGAUUGCCGGCCGCGCCUCGCAGACGUAUUUCGAAUCCAGGUCAUAUCGAAUGCCCAAGUGCGGUCACCAAUCCUUACAUUAGGCAGCACAACCUUCAGUCAUGUCAAACACGAAAACAUAUAUCUGGUCGCGAUCACCAAAAGCAAUGCGAACGCUGCACUGGUCUUCGAGUUCUUGUACAGGUUGAUUGCGCUUGGCAAGGGAUAUUUUGGAAAGUUCGACGAGGAGGCGGUUAAGAACAACUUUGUGCUGGUCUACGAGCUCUUGGAUGAAAUCUUAGACUUUGGAUACCCGCAGAACACCGAAACGGAUACUCUCAAGAUGUACAUCACCACCGAGGGCGUCAAGUCCGAGCGGACAAUGGAAGACUCGGCCAAAAUCACGAUGCAAGCAACCGGCGCGCUCUCCUGGCGCAAAGCAGAUGUAAAAUACCGCAAGAACGAAGCUUUCGUCGACGUGAUCGAAGACGUGAACCUCCUCGUGUCUGCCACCGGUACCGUACUUCGCGCAGACGUGAACGGCCAGAUUGUCAUGCGCGCAUACCUCACAGGGACCCCUGAAUGCAAGUUUGGGCUCAACGACAGAUUGCUGCUUGAUGGCGAUAGUCUUUCGUCUCUCGAGUCGGGCAAUAGGCAGGGCUCGAAGGCGACGAAGGCAGCGGCGGGCAGUGUGACGCUGGAGGACUGCCAGUUCCACCAAUGUGUCAAGCUGGGUAAAUUCGAUACGGACAGGAUUAUCUCGUUUAUUCCUCCAGAUGGUGAAUUCGAAUUGAUGCGGUACCGCGCGACGGAGAAUGUUAAUUUGCCGUUCAAGAUCCAUGCCAUUGUCAACGAGGUCGGGAAGACGAAGGUGGAAUACAGUAUUGCAAUCCGCGCGAACUACGGCAGCAAACUCUUCGCUACCAAUGUUGUGGUACGGGUGCCCACCCCGUUGAAUACAGCAAAGAUCACGGAGAGGUGUACGCAAGGCAAAGCGAAGUACGAGCCAAGUGAAAACAAUAUUGUGUGGAAGAUCCCGAGAUUUACAGGACAGAACGAGUUUGUGUUGAGUGCAGAGGCGUCCUUGACGCAUAUGACGAACCAAAAGACGUGGUCGAGGCCGCCGCUGAGCUUAAACUUUAGUCUGUUGAUGUUCACGAGUUCUGGAUUGCUGGUUAGGUAUUUGAAGGUGUUUGAGAAGAGCAAUUACUCUUCUGUGAAGUGGGUGCGGUAUAUGACUAGAGCUGGGUCAUACGAGAUACGGUGA